GACACUAACUUCCAAGAAGGCAGUUUCUUCUUCUUCCUCUCUCUCUCUCUCUCUCUCUCUCCACUCAUCAUCUCAAAAUGAACAAUUCGGUGCUCAGCAAUGGACACGUUCAUCACAAUUCAACCUCUUCUUCUCAAAGGGAUGUCCACUACAGUUGUGGAACAUGCGGGUAUGAACUUAACCUAUCAUCCUCUAACCGGAACAUAUCAUCCAUUGGUUCUAAAUAUGGGAAAUCCAUAAAACGAGGUAUUAUAUCAUUCAUGAAUGUUGAUGAUAGCAGACUCACCCAGGUUGAUGAAAUUGAAUGUGUCCCACAUUUUUCUAAGCACUCGUGGGGUUUGUUCCGUCGAAAAACCAAGCUUCUUUGUCGAAAGUGUUGCAACCAUGUUGGAUAUGCGUACAAUGAUUACACUUCAUCUUCCUUUCCUCUUGUUUCAAAGGGAACAGAACCAUCCCCUGCCACUGAAGCAUCGAAUCAUACGAAAUAUGACAUUCGCAUUCGUGCCUUACAGCCAUCAUCUUCUCAAGAAUAUGGAAUCUCUGUUAUAGCUUGAAUGCGUCGUGAAAAUUCUAGUGUUCCUUCCUUCAUAAUCAUCACCAACGUGGUUAGGAGUGGGUUUAGAGUUACUAAUAUACGAAUGUUCUGUUUUGGCAAGGGUUUGUUCGCUAUUCCAUUUUUCUCGAGUGGGAUUAAUUUACUACAAGAUUUGUAAUUGUAAAAAUUAAACUGAAAAGGGUUACGAAUGUUGGAUUUUUUGGGGUGUUAAUUUGUAUAACUUCUGAG